AUGGCUACCGAGGAAGGUGUAUCUGCUGAAGAUAUCGCCGAGAGGGUCUACCAGAAGCUGUCGGCCUCCCAACGCAGACCCUUCGCGCCGUCGAAAGAAGCCGACAAAGUGGGAGAUGGCCUUUGGGAUGCUUACCUGGAUGCUGUCGAGGACGAUGACAAAGCCAGUGUCGAGAGCUGGAAUGGGUCCACCACUGGCAUAUUGACAUUCACCGGUCUCUUUGCAGCAACCGUAGCUGCCUUCGUUCUAGAGAGCUACAAGCAACUUCAACCUGAUACAGGCGCACAAACCGUUGCACUGCUAGCACAAAUAGCAUCUGCUUCUUCAGGCAAUAGCCCCAUCCCUUCUUCCGAGCUGCCAUCUGAACCGUUCGUUGCGCCGGAGUCAGCCGUGAUCGUCAAUUCACUCUGGUUUCUGAGCCUUAUCAUUUCGCUCAUCUGCGCUCUGCUUGCGACAUUGAUCCAAGAGUGGACUCGGGACUUCUUACGUGACAUACAGCGUCGCACUCCAGACAUGACCAUCAAACAGUUCUCGUUCAACCACAUCUACGUGCGCAUGGGCGUCGAGCGCUACAAGCUGGGCUACGUGACCUCACUCAUCGUCUUCUUGAUGCACAUUGCCGUGAUAUUGUUUGUCGUUGGGUUGGCCGUGUUCCUCGCUCCUAUUCAUUACAAACCCACACUUGUCAUCGAGAUAGCUGGUGCCCUGGCUGCGUCAGUUUACCUUGUUUUCAGCCUCUUGCCGUUCUGGGAUAACAGCUGCCCGUACCGUACGCCCCUGACAUACGCAGUUGUCAUUCUGGGGUGGGCGGGGCUUUUGGCAUUCGGUGCGAUUCUACUGUCAGCCCUUGUUGUUUUGGCAUUGCCACUCUUCAUUCUCGCCACCAUGGUACUUUUUGCCAUAUAUGGUUUUUCAUCGACGAAACCCAUGAAAAGCAACUCACCGUCGGCGCCACUGAUAACUUUUCCUGCAGUUUACGCAGUGUUGCCGGCGUUCCUUCAGUUCUUCAUGUAUGCCUGGCUCCCAGCCCGUCGCCUUCCUGGCCACAACAACAUACCUAUGAGGGCUUCAAGACUAUUCAGAGUCCACGGCAAUGGCGUAGAAACCCAGGAUGGCCUCUUCAUUGACAAAAGCCGGUUUCUCUUCCUUUGGGACCAUACCUAUCAGUACAUCACGGGGCUUGAAGGGAGCCCGAUCUUGUUGGAUCAUCUUGUAAACCAACUUAUGAACUUCGGCGCUCAUAACUAUGAUAUGAUAUUUGUCUAUCUUCGCCACAGUGCGUCAUUCACGCAGUAUCUUGCGAAGUGCAUGCGCUCUAUUCCGUCACUGGACGUGGGGCUGGGGAUGCUCAACCUCUUCCAAAGACUUAUCGACGCGGAACAUGCGUUCGAACACAGGUCUGGCGCAGCAUUACGAGAUGGGCGGUGGGGUUGGAUGUCCAAGUCGGGAUCACUACAGGAACUAGGAACUCUUGCGCAGACCGUCGUAGCACUGGGGCGAAGCGCCGACACCAAGAGCCGGAUCGAUAUCGUGAUGAGGUUGUUUCGGCUUCGCCGGUCACUGAUCGACCAUUACAUCGCGAUGGGCCCGGAAGACUGGGCGGCGAACGUAGGCUCAUUGGACACCAUGCUACACUCUCUGGAAAGCGUCCAGGGCUUUGACCUGAUACAAUUAUACUCCAGAGACUCUCGGGUCGUAUCAUAUACGGUGCCUUCCGAUUCUCGUGAGAGACGCAAACCCGAGGCUCCAUGGGCCGGUUAUGACCUCGCCAUUCGCAAUGCCCUGACAACGCUGGUCAACUUGAUUGGGAUAGAUCCAAAUCGUGAGCUCAGCCACGACCUUGAUGAUAUGGGUAUAAAGGCUUUGUUCGAGCAUACAGCAUUCACCAAAGAUAAUCUCAGCAGAUAUGCGGCGUUCUCGCGCAAGGCCACACCAUCUCCGCAGUUAUUGGCUUUGUUUUGUAGUCGGACACAUGGAUACGGAGAUGAGCUCGCCCUCUUUGUCGGAUUCUUCACAGUUCCUGCUCGAGAAGCUCUGCAGGUUCAAGAAGAGCUUGAGGCCGAGCAGACCUUGAGAGAUAUGCCUGUCGUAUUUCCCGCCGCACCAUUCGAGCCCGAAGCGCAAGUUAUGCGCUCAAUCCUGAUCGAGGACGCAAUCGAGGCACAUCGGAACACCCGUGCAGAUCGCGCAGAUGACGCCCAAGCGCCAGAGCCAUCGGAUACGGGCAAUUUAGCGCCUGCCUUUGAGCUGCAAACACCUCUUCCCACCAGUCCAAGCGAAUUCGCCGGACCAUCACUGGCAAUCCCUGACCCACCUCCUGAUGUGUCCGGUAUCUCAGAGGGACUGUCAGCUAGCCCGGUUCUGAGAAGCGCGGAGGAAGGGCAUAACUUUGGACUGGAUGGCAUGGUCAUACUUAUCAGAGGGCAUUGA